UCGUGGACGGUGGCAUGAAAAGUAAUGUCAGUUAACACAACUGUGUAUUUUCAGUAUUCUUCUAAACUAUUUUAAAUGAAAUGCAAGGCUUGUUACAAAGGGACUUAGACAGAUGUCGUAAAUAAUUAACUUUUUUUUUCAGGAGAAGUACUGUGUACUUAACAAGGGGUCCCUGGUGCUGUAGCACUGGUAACACCUGUAUUAAGCACACCGCUGAAGAUGGGAUCAAAAGACUUGGCUGUUAUUAUCCUAUUAAUCAUCUCAGGAGAACUCUAUGCAGAAGAGAAACCCUGUGGUUUUCCGAGUGUGGAAAAUGGACGGAUUGCCCAAUAUUACUAUACUUUUGAAAGAUACUACUUUCCAAUGAGCAUAAAUCAGCAUUUGACCUUCUCCUGCUUGGCCGGUCACACAACUAAAACGGGGAGACAAGAGGCUCGCAUCGCGUGCACAGCAGCCGGCUGGUACCCAGAACCACGGUGCUUCAAAAAAUGCCCUAAGCCUGACUUAAGAAAUGGCUACAUCUUUGAUACAAAAUUAUCUUACAACAUUCAAGAGAACAUGCGCUACGGUUGUUCGUCAGGAUAUAAAACCACUGCAGGGCAGGAUGAAGAAGUGGUUCAAUGCCUCCCUGAUGGAUGGUCCUCUCAGCCAGCCUGUAGGAAGGAGCAUGAAAUGUGCUUGGCCCCUGAAUUACAUCAUGGAAAUUAUUCCACAACACAGAAAACAUUCAGAGUGAAGGACAAAGUACGAUAUGAAUGUGCCCCCGGGUACCACACAGCUUCCGGGAAGAGGACGGAGGAGGUGGAAUGUCACUCGUACGGGUGGGCUCUCCCCCCACGAUGUGCCAAAUUAAAAUGCUCUUCCUUAAGAUUAAUAGAAAAUGGUUAUUUUCAUCCUGUAAAGCAAACCUAUGAAGAAGGAGACGUAGUUCAGUUUUUCUGUCAUAAAAAUUAUUACCUCAGUGGAUCUGACCUAAUUCAGUGCUAUAACUUUGGUUGGUACCCAGAAUCUCCUGUCUGUGAAGGAAGAAGAAGUCGGUGUGCCCCUCCGCCUCUGCCGGCCAACUCCAGCGUUCAAGCGCACGCGGCCACUUACCGCCACGGGGCAGCGGUGCGCGUGUCGUGUGAACUGCACUUCGAGAUGCAGGGGCCGGAGGAGAUGCGUUGUGAAAAUGGAAAGUGGACAGAGCCUCCGAGAUGCGUGGAGGCAGGCGAGCGGGAGGCCUGCGGCGAGCCACCCUUCGUUGAGAACGCGGCGGCGCAGCCCUCCUCCGGGCGCUUCCACGGCGGGGAUAAGGUGACAGGCCUUCCAAGCCGGUGCCCUGGCACAGCACCAGCUCCGCUGCUCUUCGUGAAAAAUACUGAGAAUUGUAAUGCUCCCCCUGUUGUAAUAAACGGGGCUGUUGUUGGUGAACCACUGACCAGCUACACAACGGGAUCCUCGGUGGAAUAUAGAUGCAAUGAGUACUACCUGUUGAGGGGAGAAAAGCUGUCUCACUGUGAACAAGGAAAAUGGUCACCCCCACCUGUUUGCUUAGAGCCGUGCACUGUGAAUGUGGACGACAUGCGCAGAAGUAACCUGGAGAUGAAGUGGCAGUAUGAAGGGAAGAUCUUACACGGAGACUUGAUCGAUUUUGUGUGCAAGCAGGGAUAUGACUUGCCCCCACCAACUCCGCUUUCCGAGUUGUCUGUGCAGUGCGACAGAGGACGAGUGAAGUAUCCCUUAUGCGUUAGGAAAGAAUUUAAAAGAACGUGUGCGUCUCCCCCACUUAUUAAGAAUGGAGUCAUCAAGGGGUCAACGGCGGGCACCUAUGAAAACGGCUCCUCCGUGGAGUACAGGUGUUUCGAACACUAUUUCCUGCAGGGGUCCCGGGAGGCCUACUGCUCAGAGGGCGCGUGGACGGCGCCGCCGCUGUGCUUAGAGCCUUGCACCUUAUCUCUCAUCACAAUGGAAAAUAAUAAUUUACUCCUGAAAUGGAAUUUUGACGAUAGGCCUUAUAUUUUCCACGGCGAGUAUGUUGAGUUUCUUUGUAAGGGAAAUACUUUCAUAUCCGACUUCCCUAGCAUGGGCUCUGAGCUCCGAGUGCAGUGUGACCGAGGGCAGUUAAAGUACCCGAGGUGCAUUCAGAGAGAAAGGAUGUUGUCUUAUCAAGAACCCUUAAAGACAUAAAAAUGAAUGGCAGAAAGAAGAAUAGUAUGUCAGCACAUCACAAAAUCCCUUAUAAGACAUAAUUGUUAGAAGAAAAAUGUUGAAUUAAAAACCUCUAAGUUUUCGCUUGCUUGAAGAGUUGAAUCUAACGUGUUUAUGCUGAACAUUUUCUUUAUUUAUAAAUAAAAGGCAGAACAUGUUGUUUCAUUUUUGGUCUGGAUAAUUUGACAUGCGACCUAAUCUUUGUUACAUGUCUUUGAUCUAUUAAAAAAUCGACCUGCACAUCAAAA